CGGGCACUGAACAAACUCCUCUCUGUGUGUCCGGAAAGUCCAAAACCGGCACACGGUCAUGACAAACAAUGUGUUGUACAUUAUCAUACGAUUGUUGCUGACACGGUUGUUCAGUGAUAACGGAAACACAAAUUAAUUAAAAAUAUUAUAGAGAUUGAUCACUAAUUAAUUCGUUUAUCGAUUGAAAUUGAAAAACAUUUCAAUAUAUUUUAUUUUGCACGUCUCUUUGUUUUUUGUUUUUUUUUUUGUUUUGUAUUUUUGCAUUGUUUGUCUUGUGUGAAGAAAUUGUCUGGAGUUGCUCUCUUUGUGCACGUUGAGCAUUGAAUUUCGUGGUAAUUUGAUUGAUUUACGAAUGAUUGUGGAUGAAUGGGUUGUUUUGGAGCACGUGAUUAAAGGGAUUAAGUCUGGUGAAUUAUGGAGACUCGAGUUGGUGUGUGUGGUGGCGGUAUUGGCGGUGCAAUUGAACCGGUGAGAUGCGUUGGUACACCGUCACCGGUGCCGUCAGCAACAUCAGUAUCAACGUCGUCGGUGAUGACAACAACGACAACAACAACGGGAAUUAAUAGUAAUGCGAUAAGUUCGAUUGGUGUUAAUCAAAGUCCAAUGGUUGUGCUACCGAGCCCGCCGGCUGCAUCACAUCAGAGUAAUGUGCCAAGGAUACUCAGUAGAAAUGUCAAUGGAACACUUGUACAGACCUCAGUGCCGCAAAAUGAAGCUGAGCUUCAGUUGUAUAGAGUGAUGCAGAGGGCAUCCUUGUUGGGAUACUAUGACACACUUCUUGAAAUGGGUGGAGAUGAUGUGCAGCAGCUCUGCGAUGCUGGUGAGGAGGAAUUCCUCGAAAUAAUGGCGCUGGUAGGAAUGGCGAGUAAGCCACUGCACGUGAGAAGACUCCAGAAGGCCCUCCAGGAGUGGAUUACCAACCCUUCCCUUUUUCAAACGCCAGUGGUGCCCGGAAAUGCAUCCGGCAAGAAUUCAACCCCCUCAGUAACGACAUUUGCAUGCGCCAGCCCGAGGCCCCAGAACUCCAAUAUCUUCAGUGGAUCAGUAGCUUCAACAAGUCCCACCGCUCCAAUUUCAUUGAGCCACGUGCCUAUCACACCUUUACCUUGUCGCAGUAUCAGCCCUUUGACGCCGGUUGCAAACGUUGUCACACCUACUCCUACCUCAACAUUUCGACAGAGCCCAAGCCCCAAUACUAAUACACCAUAUUCUGGAGUACAUAGCCCAGACGUACUUCAGGUAGGCACAUGUGAAUCAUCCUGCGGAAGUGGUACAACACCAAGUCCAGGAGGCGGUGGAAGUAGUUUAAAUGCACCCCCCAGUCCAACCCAAGCAACCCCUAUAUUACUCCCCUCCCAAAUACAACGACUCGCUGAGGCGGCUGAACGUCUUGCUAGUAAUCUCCGUCCACUUGAUCCAAAGCCCCACAAUAUCAAGAAGAAGAUUUGCAAGAACCUCGAGAUGGUGAUGGCGAUGCCAGAUAGCGAUCCCAGGAGGAUGGAGGAAAUACGAAAGUACGCGGCUAUUUAUGGGCGUUUUGAUUGCAAACGAAAGCCUGAAAAACCAUUGACGUUACAUGAGGUAUCGGUCAAUGAAGCAGCCGCUCAAAUUUGUCGAUUUGUGCCGGCAUUAUUGACGAGGAGAGACGAACUUUUUCCACUCGCAAGACGAGUCGUCAGAGACUCUGGCUAUCACUACUCAAAAAAUCAAUUUAUGAUGUCCAUGACAAGACCUCGUGAGAAUGGUGACGACUCGGAGGUCCCUGGUGAAAGGGUGAAGAGACGUCACUUGGAUCAUGAUCCGGAGGGAGAGGAUACGUCUCAGGCCGAGUUGGACCUUCGAUGUACCGGGAUGGAUGUCAACAUUUCGAGCCUAAGAAGCCAUGGGUCGUCGAGUCCAGUCUGGCGGAAGAAGAGUAACAACGGUGUAUUCGAAACGAGUAUCGAAGAGAUCAGCGACACCGAUAGUCAAUUUUCCUUUUCUAACGAAGAAUCAUCUUCGCUACAUGAUCCGAACGAUUUGGAGGCUGACCAGACUGAUAAAGAGAGUGAUUUCAAUUUGAAGGUAAUCGCCUCCCGGGGGGACAAUAUCAUUGCUGUAGCCAAUCCGGCACUGAUGGAGUGCAAUCAUCCCAUUAAGAAGGAACCUGAAGAUGAAAAGUCAACGCUGUGAUAAUAAUAUUUUAGUUUGAUAUUGUUAAAUAUUCAAAAAUAACUCAACAACUUUUCUGUUAAUAAUUUAAAAGAGAAAGCGCUAGUAAAAAAUAUCUGCACAUUAUCGACUACUUUGUUACUCGAAUUUGUCAAAAAUGAUGACGUACAUCACCAUGAUUAUAACAGUUUUGAGUGUGAUUACACUUGUAGUUUUAGUUGUAGUUUCGUUAAACAUUGUGUAUAAAUAACUGAUUCAGAACAAAGUAAAACAAAUGACGGGAACAUAA